UGUAACAUUUAUACCUGCCAGUCUUGCGCCGUUUCCUUCGCUGGCCCUGAAAUGCACUGAGCUGGUAUCCAACGAAGCGGGCUUAGCCUUUACAUUAUUGAUCUGGCAUAAGGAGCCUGAUUCUAUGGCAUCUGCUUCGCAAGAUGCGGCGAAGGCGCGCCCUGCGGCUACUCAUGGUAAAUCCAGCGGUCCUUAUGGAACAUUUCGACCUGCAACGGCGCCUCCAAGCCGGGCAAAGGGCUCCGAACCUUUGGUGGACGAUCCUCGACAUGCUGAGGACUCCCCUAUGCCCUGGCUUCGAUAUUUCUUUCCAAAGGACUUCGACCUGCGAGAGGGCGAGCCCGUCGAACCAUAUUACCAGUUCUUUGAUGUUAUGCUUCAGCCGCUCCAGGAGGAUACCUCUAUACCUCCCCCCGAAUGGGCGCCAAAUGCGUACUUCCAGCUCAGCUUUACGCAGCUUCAUGUUCCUAAGGAUAUGGUGCUCGCCACGCGCAUCCCUAAAAUGCCACCACCACCUUGCGGAUCGAUUGACCUUAUGCGGGAUAACUCGCCCCUCCUGAAACCGGGGAAUGAGAAACUGAUGGCCGACAUCCUGGAGAGGACGGUUUUAUGUGUGCGGGCUCCGCCAGCCUUUUGCCGUAGCGUGACGACCUUUCGCGCGCGGACCUGGAAGGACGCCAUGCCAUUGGUGGACCUGUUGCGCGGUGUGUUGCUUCAUCUUCUAAACCAUUAUACCCUGGGAGCAGUGCUGCUUAAGGAGCAGGCGAAAAAAGACGCGGAGGCUGCCCUGGCUUCGGAAAAGAAUGCUCUCAAGGCAUGGUACGCAAAGCAGCUCGAGGAGAACAUGUCGAAGGCGCGUGCAGAAUACGAGGAGAAGUUGGAGGCCCAGAAGGAGCAGCUUCGCAUGACACUGGCGGAGGACCUGACCCUCCAGCUGAGAGCAGAGCGCGAGGAGAAGAAUCAGCUGCGCCAGCAGGCCCAGCAACUGGAGGCGCAACUGCGGAAGCUGCAGGAAGCGAGCUCUACGCUACAGCGUCAAAUAGAGCACGGCCAGCAGCAAAUUGAUCUUGAGGCGCGACGACGGCAGGAAGCGCUAUCUGCCCGAGAUGCGCAAAUCUCCGCCCUUCACGAGCAGCAAGCCAGCCUUCGACGCCGCCUUUCGGCAGCGCAGGCGGCGGUAGUCGAUGCCCUCAAUGCCAAGACCAAGGAAGACGCGAUGAACGUUGCCAUCACGGCAUUGUCGGGAUCUCUGCCCAAGGGUACCGCGGUCUACGUGGCGGAACUGCGCACGGCAGCAGACGUGGAGAACGAUGACCCAGCGGCUCCCUUGGUCGCACAGGUAGCGGCGGCCGUCACAACCGAUGAAGAUGGCGAAAGUGAGGGCGCCCCGGCGUCGCUACCGCGCGCUCUGCAGAUCAUGCGCGAUGUGACGCCAGGCUUCAUGACAAGCCCGCUGGCCGCCGUGGUGGGUGGCGCCGCGGCGGCAGCAGGCGUGAAGCCCAGCAGCAGCUCCCGUCCGCCGUCGGCGGUGUUGGUAGCGGCGCUGUCAGAGAUUAAAGAGACGUUGGUGUUCAAGUACAUCAAGGCUUCCCAUGGCCAGGAAUUUAUGCUAGGCCAGAAGCUGGCAUAUGGGUCGGGUGUCUCAUGGCGGUUGGUGGAGCGCGGCGUGGAGCUGCAUGUGCCGGACGUGUCGCAACAGCCCGGCGUGUGGUUCUUCCGGACGCUGGACAAGCCUAAGGGCGGAGCUUACUUAGCUGCACCCAUUGUGGGUAACAGCGGCGAGGUCAUGGGGAUGCUGUGCGCGGAUACCAUAUGCGCGGCGGAAGCCGAGGCCGAGGCCGCCGCGGCGGCGGCAGGCGCGACAGUAGGAAGCCCAGCUGGAGACGCUGCGGCAUCUGCCGCGUCCGCCUCCGCCGUCAGCGACAUGGCGUUUGUGCGUGGGCUGGCGGCUGCCAUAGGAGCUCGUGCCCGAAGGGAUGCCGAUGCAUACGCGGAGGCAAUGCUCGCAAUGGCGCUGGAGGGCGAUGAUAGUGUCGUCCCAGAGCCGCCGCCGGCGCCUCUUGACCCGCAGCAGUUUGUACCGGGUGAAGGCAUCAGCGGUGGGCUUAAGCUGUUUUCAGAGGCGCUCGCCAUGCUGCGGCGGCUCACUGAUGAGGAGCUGGAGGCCCUUUGCAACUUGGACUCGCCCGACGACGUUACGCUGGCAGUUAUAAAGUCCAUUUUAGCUGCUGUGGGCGAAGUGGGUGCGGACGAUUGGUCUCAUGCCAGGGCGCACAUCAACCGGGAACUGCUUGAGCGGCUGGUGUCGCUGGACCCGCAGCAGGCCUGGGCGGAAUGGCAGGCGCUGUGCAAGGCCUUUACGCCCCUCAACGAGCUCUCCGCUUCCUCCCUGGAUGCGGUGUCCAUCGCUGCGGACGAGGAUGCCACGGACCCAUCUACCCGCGCAAGUAUGGCGCUGGCGCGCUGGGCUGCCAGUGUGCGCAUCGUGUCGGCCGCCAGGGCGAUGCAGAGCCUCCUAGAAGCAAAGCUUCAGCAAGCCAAUCAGGCUCUCAUGAAGACUUUCAGCGGCGACGGCUGUCAUGCGCUCAACGAGCUGCGUUCGUACCGCGUGCCGCCACCGUUGACGUUCGGUGUGCUACAGUGCGUGCUGAUGCUCUCCGGUAACGAUGAGGAGGAUUGCCGCAAUUGGGCGCGCAUGCGUACGCUCUGUACUCAGCGGCUUAUCAAACGGCUGGUAACGUUACGGCCAGUGCAGGUGCCUCGUCGUGUCUUCAAAGCCGUGAGGCGAUUGGUGGGUGACCUGGUGGAGAGCGAAGUCAAGCAAGAGAGCGUGGCCACUUUCAGCCUCUACCGCUGGCUGAGCGAUUUCACACGGCUUGCGUCAGUAGCAUAGACGAGCUGCAGCUGGGGUUGAAGUUAUAAAAGGGCUACCGGGGAAAGUUAACGGUAUGAAGUGAUUUAGUUGGAAACCAUCUACGUCGCGCUUACUGGAGGGCAUUCUCAAAGACCGUCUUAACCGCAUGGUGGCAAGUUGCUCGGGCAUGUGGGGCGCUUAGGGUAGGGUAAGCUUGACAUGUAUACCGUCGUUUCCCGCUGAUGGACGUGCGGAAUACUGAAGGUCGAGGUGUUCGACGUUUGUCAACAGCGCUCCUGGCGUAGCAUGCGAGUAUUGCAGGAUUGAGGCUAGAUUUUGACGUCGUUUAAGGGCAGGGGGCUGUGUGAGUUCUGUAGCCAUUGUGGAAAAACAGCACUAUUGCGUGACCUUGCGAACAGUUGCCGGGUUUGCUAUUCAUCGUGGAUUUUACUUAUAGGCGCAAUUCCUGCCCCUGCUCUGCGAGACAGCUUAGGUUAUGGAUUGUGGCGAGCCUUCGGUUCUCCCUCCCACAUAGUUCCAGAUGCAUUCUGCGAUGGAAGCGGGCCCACCACAAUUUCUGUGGCUGCUCCUCGCAUGUUCCACGAACUUGGAAGUGAAGACCCCG